GAAUCCCGUCGCCACGUUAGUUCCUAGAUCGCUCGCUAACACGGGAAUAUCCCUCUGGAAGUUGAGUUGCAGUCGGCCAAAGAAGAGAUAAUAUCUCCUGGCAAAUCAGCUUGCCUGCUCAAAGAUUGAUAUCGUUUGAAUCCCGGUCUACGUUGCUGCACGUAGGGGCGGGAGGGGUUGCGUAUUGAACCUUUCAUGGAACUUUGGGAGCUCACUUUUCUUUUUCGUGGCUUGCUUCGCCUUCCUGCUUAAAACCUCUGUUCCCACUCAUCUGCUUUGACGCGUGUUUGCGCCCUUUCUCAUCCGAGCCUGUACGUUCGGAGGACCUGCAGUUGUCUCUUGAUUCCUUGGUCUUUCCUCACCCGACUGCAGACACAAUCCAGCAGACGACCGGAUCCUUCAAUAUCUCGUCCACAUGCGGCACUUGCGACGCUGGGAUGCCGACAAACUUGUUGCGCCUGACUGGCUCAACAAUGGCGACAAUGCCUGGCAAAUGACAGCAGCAACCCUCGUUGGGUUGCAAUCACUUCCUGGUCUCAUGGUCAUGUAUGCGGGCCUGGUCAAAAAGAAAUGGGCCAUUAACUCGGCAUUCAUGGCGCUUUACGCCUUUGCUGCCGUCCUCAUCUGUUGGGUUGUUUGGGCCUAUAAAGCCGCAUUUGGCAAACAGAUGUUGCCGUUUGUCGGGGUACCCGGUCCAGCUGUCGAGAUGGAUUAUGAGCUAAGACAAGCCGUUUUGCCUGAGGCAGGAUUGAGCGCGGCCUACCCAAUGAGUACGAUGAUAUACUUCCAGUUUGUCUUCGGGGCCAUCACACUGGUGAUCAUUGCAGGAUCCGGACUUGCAAGGAUGAACUUUCUGGCGUGGAUGGUAUUCGUACCUCUAUGGCUGACACUGAGCUAUACGGUCGGUGCUUUUAGCCUUUGGGGAGGUGGUUUUCUGUAUGAUAUGGGUGUUUUGGAUUACUCCGGUGGAUAUGUCAUCCACGUCUCCUCUGGAACUGCUGGUUUCGUCAUAGCUUACUGGGUUGGACCUCGACAUCCCCGCGACCGUAUAGAAUUCCAUCCCAACAACGUUCUUCUUGCGCUCGUUGGCGUUGGGAUACUCUGGCUUGGCUGGAACGGCUUCAACGGUGGUGAUCCAUACACGGCCUCGCCAGAUGCCGGUGCCGCCGUGCUUAAUACAAACAUCAGCGCCGCGACGAGUAUGUUGACUUGGACCAUCAUGGACUUGAUUUUCUUCAAGAAGCCAGCAGUGAUUGGGGCAGUACAGGGAAUAAUCACUGGCCUUGUUACAAUUACUCCAGCUGCCGGGUUUGUGGCCGGUUGGGGAGCAAUCAUUAUCGGUUUAUGCGCCGGCUCCAUCCCCUGGAUGUCGAUGAAUAUUUUGGGCAGGCAAAGGUGGUUUCUUGAGUUCUCUGACGACGUUGUUGGAAAUUUUCAUACCCAUUUGGUGGGGGGUGUUGUUGGCGGAUUCUUGACUGGUCUGUUUGCAACCAGUGAAGGCACCGCCGCUUUUGCCUUGGCUCCGAAUGGUGGUGCAAUUGAUGGCAAUGGACGGCAAGUCUGGCUCCAGAUUGUCGGUUUCCUGUUCAUCAUCGGUUGGAACAUGUUCUGGACGAGUGCGAUUUGCCUUUUCAUCAAAUAUGUCCUGAGAAUCCCCCUCAGAUAUAACGAAGCCCAGCUGCUCAUCGGCGAUGGCGAGGUCCAUGGCGAACUUCCAUACGCCUUCUUCCAUGACGGUCGUCACGAAUACGAUGAGCGCUAUGGCAAACCGAACAUUGAUCCGGAGAAAGCUCAAGGAGUCCUCGAAGGAGUGGAAGCCGGCCGCGAUCUUUCCAGUGAUGAAGGUGGCAGUGGCAGAGGCAGCGGCAGUGCAACAAAGGCAACAAAGCUCGCAUAAUCUUCACCUUCAUUCGUUUCCGUAAUAGGGGCUUGGGAAGGGAAGUUCUCGGAACACGGGAGCCGUCUGGCAGACGGUGGUUGAAAGUUGCUCCUUAUCGAGACAACAUUUUCGAGGGCUUAUUGAGUGCGCGGUGCAAUUGAUAGCUUUCCGAGAUCUGCACCGCACCCAACUAGCACAAGUUUUUAAUUCAGUACAUGUCAAGACAGCUCCAGGUCACUUCAUUAGGGAAGCCUAUCACAAGACUGAACCUCGCCAAGGUCCCCGUUGUAAGGAUUAUAAAUAUCAGAGCAGAAGCCUUUGGGAAGGCCGACAGGGUCAAGUUUCAACCGGGGUUGUAAUUAGAUUGGCAGCAAUGUCAAACGCCCCUUUAUCAGGCCAAGGCCAGGAACUGAAAAUGCUUGACAAUCGGAAGCCAGCCGGAGGAGGUGUCCCCAAACGAUGUUUGGAGAGCGCAACUAAUCAUAUGAGAGGACUACAGUACCUGAUAUUGAGAUGUUUGGCGGGAAACAUUUUUUAUCGUUCAAAGAACGAAGCCUAGAUUACAGAGUGCACCCACUGUGAAGGAC